AGUUCUCAGUUCACAUUAGGCCUGGACCGGUGUGGUGAUGGUGAAGAAAACAAAGCUCUCAAAAUUGUUGGUGCUUCCUCAGAACGUUGAACUGGCAGCUGCAAUUUCUCAUUGUGUUCCGCAAACGGACCAUCAAGUGAAAAAGUCAUUUUUAUCGAGGUGGUUCGCCGCAGGGAGGAAGACGGGCGUGCGCACUGAACUGUCUGGUCUCGUUCUUUGAGGACGGGAAGAGAAAAAAACCGACGCCACGCGCGCUUUCUUCAGUGCAGACAGCGGCGGCUCGAGCGCUUCGGAUGAACUCGGAGGAUGCUUGAUGCGAGAGACUUAGGCCAGCCACGUAGCGAUGGCUUGUAAACAAGAACAGCGGUGAGCUCGGACAGUCUAGAAGGAAACCAGAGCGAUUUCUGAUAGUUCGUCCGCACGUGCAUGCGACUGUACGCUGUUCGCGAAAACUCCGUCGAGGAAUAGUUUAUCUGAAGCAAGUCGUUUUUUUGUAGAUUUGUGUUUUAUCGGAUCUCUACACAACUUGAGGUGGACGGUAUGAGGGAGAGGGCGCUCGUGACUCGGGUAGCACCUGGCUGCAGGCUGCUGAUUCGGAGCAGCUGGUAAUGACUGCGAGAUCUAAGUGCUGAGUUCAACGGUGCGGAGACACCGUCACAUCACUGACAGAGAGGCUUUGUGGAUGAAUCAGCAGAGAUUGCAGAUGAGAUGCCGUUAUUGUCUUUCCAAGUGAAACCGAGAUGCUGUUGAGAGACUGAAGUUUGGAUCUAAAGUCAAGGCGAGUUUCAUUUGGAGCGGGAUGAAAUAUGUGCGAGUAGUUGCACAGUGAGACGGAUUUCAUUAAUGGAGGCUCGGUUUGGGCUAGGCUAAAACGUCUCUCCUCAUCUCUCCUCCUUUACGCUCUCUUGCCCUCCUCUCAUUCAUUUCGAGAGGAGGGGUACAUUGCCUCCUGUAUCGCCCUUGACAGGAAUCGGUGGUUAUUCUCAAACAUAAAGAAGGAAACUCCAAUUUAACUGAGUGAUCGGCUGCCGAUGAAGUCCUGCCAAACACCGAAGGAGGAGGUGUCCGGCCCAGAGACGAUGUCUCAAGAGGAGGAGCAAAUGACUCAAUCCUCCCAAACAUACUUCCACAACACCUCUGCUCCUGAUGCCGAGCUGUCGGCAAAGCUGUACAAGCGAGAAGCUGCAGCCAAACUGCACUCGGUGGUCACUGACAACACGAUGGCUACGAGACCUGAGUUGCAGAUGCCCUCAGACCUAAAUCCCCAUUCUGCCCCGACUCAACCAUUUUACCGGGAAGGGGCCGGAGCAGCUGCGACAAAGAGCGGAAAUGGAGGGAUGUCGGAAGAUUCUGAAGGCGAAGAGGAAGCCGGGGCGGAGGAUGAAUUCAAACGAGGACAGAUCAUCGUAGAAGUCAACCUCAAUAACCAGACCCUGCACGUGUCCAAAGGAGAUGACGGAGCCAAUGCAAACACUGCAGGAGACGACAAGAGCAAUAGUGAGGAGGAGAAAGAAGAAGAUGAGGAGGAAGAGGAUGACGAGGAGGAGGAGGAAGAAGAAGAAGAUGAUGACAGUGUUGAAGAUGACUACAGUGCUGAGGAGGAUCUGGAUGAGGAGGAAGAGGAAAACAACAGUCGGCGAACAAGAGCGCAGCGGGCGCACAGGGGUCGAGCGGCUGCUUCACCAUGGCGAAAGAGUCGCCGCGUAACCGCUUCAUCAACUGGGAGCGUAACCAAAGCAACCGCCGGCGUUACAACCAGGGGGCGGAGGAAGAAUGCAGAGGUCCCGCCCCAAAAGCGUAGACCUGCCAAGAUGGCCAAAAGCUCCGCCUCCUCCACCUCAGGAGCGACAGUCGCUGGAGGAGGAGGAGCCAAGGGAGAGGGUGAGGAGAAAGAGACGCUAGCGUGUGAAAAAUGUCCACGUGUGUUCAACACCCGCUGGUACCUGGAGAAGCACAUGAAUGUGACGCACAGACGCAUGCAGAUCUGCGAAAAGUGCGGGAAGAAGUUUGUGCUAGAGAGUGAACUGGCUCUUCACCAGCAGACGGACUGCGAGAAGAACAUCCAGUGUGUGUCAUGUAAUAAGUCCUUUAAGAAACUGUGGUCCCUCCACGAGCAUAUUAAGAUUGUCCAUGGCUUUGCUGAGAAGAAAUUUGCCUGUGAGAUUUGUGAGAAGAAAUUCUACACCAUGGCCCAUGUCCGUAAGCACAUGGUCGCUCACACAAAGGACAUGCCGUUUACCUGUGAGACCUGUGGAAAGUCUUUUAAGCGCAGCAUGUCACUGAAAGUGCAUUCACUGCAGCAUUCAGGAGAGAAGCCCUUCCGUUGUGAGAACUGCGACGAGAGGUUCCAGUACAAAUACCAGCUGCGGUCUCAUAUGAGCAUCCAUAUAGGACACAAGCAGUUUAUGUGCCAGUGGUGUGGCAAAGACUUCAACAUGAAACAGUAUUUCGACGAGCACAUGAAGACGCACACAGGUGAGAAACCAUUCAUCUGUGAGAUCUGUGGGAAGAGUUUUACCAGUCGGCCCAAUAUGAAGCGGCACCGACGCACGCACACAGGGGAAAAGCCAUACCCUUGCGAAAUCUGCGGCCAGCGCUUCCGCUUUUCCAACAUGCUCAAGGCACACCGAGAGAAGUGCUUCCGGGUCACCAGCCCGGUGACCCUUCAGCCUGCCAGCAUGGCGCUUCCUAUUCACCUUACUGGCCACACGCCUAGCCCAAGCCACACGCCUAGCCCAACCCAGUCCACUCAGUCGACGCCCAUGGGCCCCAUAAUGAUCAGUCCCACCUUGGGGGUGCCCCUACCACAACAGGCGGUCCCCACGCAUGGCUUCUCUCAUUUGCACAUGCAGACGCAGCCCUCACAACAUCACCCCGCACACACUCCUGUCCAUCACACAGGACAUGCCCCCAUGACGAGCCACGCCCCUCAGCAAAUCUCAGUGCAGUCUUCUGUCCUGCCCCCUCCCCCUGCCCUGUUCAAGAGCGAGCCAAUAAACCACUGCACGCACGAGGACUCGUACCUGCGACAGGGCGCCGCUCCACAACACCACUGAAACACACUCUCUCAUACACAAACUCUCUAAUGUGAAAUCAGGUGCUCGCUGUAGAACAGACGAACAGCAUACAUCUGUCUAAUUCUCACAUGAAUUGGGAAGCUGGAACUCCGUGAAAUGCGAUGAAAUGUCUAUGUGUGUGUGAUACAAAACUGAUACUACAAACCCACUUGCCACUAGCACUCGUGACCAAACAGGAUUGUUAGACAGCUGAUCUUGAGAUCUGAUCUCAAGAACACAAGCGCAAACUUCCUAAAGCAUUACUCGGAUUCACUUCACCUCGCUUCAAACUCUGUCACAACGAUCAAAUUGAUGGGCCAUUGGGAUUUCAAUGGCACAAACAUGUUUCUCUCUCUUGAACUCUUUAUUGACUCAGCUGCUGUUGCAAAGGUUCUACGGGUUCAAUCAUUCACAGGUUAAAGGUCUAGAUUUAAAAAAAUGCAGUGUAACCUCUUUAGAAAUGCAGGUCUUCCCAACAACAGAAAAUAUUCCUAUUCUACAUAAUGAAUCAUAUACAAGUCAUUACACAAAACAUAGUAUACAGCACUUAAGCAGUAAAAAGCAGUGUAGUCUUCAUGACGUUUCUGUUGCCUGAUUGUGGUUGUCAGUGGUUUUAUUCAAAUA